AUGCCACAACAAAUUUAUUCGUAUUCCCCAACAACUCCCACAAGUCCACUCGCUUAUUCAACUUCGUCACAUGGAUCUAUACCGAUCCCAAUUACUAACCAAAGAAAAGCGAGCGUGUUUUACCCAAGUCGUAAUAAUCACACUCGUUCUUCUUCCAGUAGUUCCGGGUUUAUUGAUACACCAUCCCUAACGACUUCAUCGUCUACGCCUAAUAGUUUUAGGUCGAUGAGACAUAAUUCGUUACAUGGUCAAUUUAGUAUCGGUAGUUUAGUAGGCAGUUAUGAGGAAUCAAUACUAAAUGGUCGUAUGUCCACGUUCCCAUCAAAGCCAAUUACCUUUAUUGCACAAAUAGGAGUAUUAGGUAGAGGAAAGUGUAAACAAUCAUUAAAAUGUCCUCCACAUAUUAAUCUUACAUUUCCUGCACAUUUUUAUGAGUUACAAGAUGUUGAUAAUCCAGUGACACCAUAUGUUGGAAACGUUGAUUUAGAAAAUGGAUUGACUGGUGAAAGAUUUAAAAAAUUUUCUGGUGGUUAUCGAAUCCCAUUGAAAGGACAAUUACAAAUAGUUAUAAAAAAUUUAAAUAAAACUGCUGUAAAAAUUUUUUUAGUUCCUUAUGAUUUAUCAGAUAUGCCGCCAGGCACAAAAACUUUUAUCAGACAAAAAUCUUAUACAAUUCCUUCAUCUUAUAAUUCAAUGAUCCAAUAUUAUGGUGUGGGGGAUAAAACCAAUAACAAUAAUAAUGAUUCAUUCACAAAGUCGACUUUAAGAUAUGCUAUUCAUUUACAGUUUUGUUCUCCGGCAAAGAAAAAAGUUUAUCUUUACAAAUAUGUUAGAGUUGUAUUUGCAAAUAGAGUUCCUGACGGAAGCGAAAAAUUGAAUGUUGUUAAUAUUGGUCCUGGUGAGCCUAAAUAUGUUCCAAUGGGAAGUUUGAAUCUCAAAGGAUUAUUAGGUUUAGGUUUGGUUGAAGAAAAUCAACAAGAUUCUGAUAAUGAUGGUAGGCAAGAUGAGGAGAGACAGAGAAGGGAGAAAAAGAAAACAAUAAAAAAAGACGGUGUUAAUAUUGGAAAAAUUAUUGGAAGUAAUGGUGGUUCUGCCUUAUCUGAAAAAUUCAGACAAAUCUCUAAGGACAACGACGAGAAAUCUUCAAGUAUGAUUAUUGAUGGUGAAUAG